AUGCCCUUGAUCAUGGAGGAGGGUAUCAAUGUGGAUGAUCUCUUUGGGGAACCCAACUCCCUGGAGCUGGGCUUGUCGGCCGCCCCCCCAAUCAAAGGUCUAGCACAAUGUCUAGAUGAGAUGCGUCUCUUAGGGUGCUGCCAGAAAAUCGCCUGGUCUCGGAUGGGAUGUAUUGCAUCUAUUUCCCCGGACGGACUCCGGGUGAUUGUCCGGCAUCUCCAGUGCCGUCCAUCAGAUGGAAAAUGGGUGCUUGGAGAAGAGUCAUCUUUGGCUCCACUUUUGGAGGCUCAUAAUGGCAACCAGUUGGCCCAUUUAUCAUGGAAUGAGACCGGCUCAGAACUGGCUGUCGUCGACUGUUCUGGUCGUAUAUCCAUCUAUUCUAUCUCAAUUGCAUUGAACAGCAUCUCAAGCUUGCGUCAAGCCUCGUUUGACUCUGGCGACGAUGGCAACCAAGUAGUUGGAAUGAUGUGGUUGAACUCUCAACGUUAUGUGCACGCCUUUCAUCAAGCAGCGAAGGUGAAUGGUCGAUGGGCAUACUCGCCUUUCCGUCGACGCCCGAUCGGGCCAUUCCACCCAGCUAACAAAGGCGCAUUGAUCUGCGUGACCCGGGCUGGACAGAUCAAGCUUAUAUACCAAAACCCGGACAGUAAAUGGGCGGAGUUACCUGCAGAACUGAAAAACACGGGUUCUUCGGAUAGAAUAUUAACACAUGCUUCCAUGACCGCAACACAAGCUGGGAUCCUUCUUUCUACCUACUCCGCAUGCCAGAAGAUGUGUCUCUAUAGAGUGCAUAUCAGCUGGAACCCACCACAAUGGGAGCCGGCACAGGCCAAACCGCCAGGCCAAUUCCCCAUCCCAACCUUCCGUUUAAUACACUGCAAGGUCGACAUGCCCAGCAAUAUAUUGAACGUCAACAGGGGUCCAGACCAUUCCGAUCCAUCUUUGCCGUUUUUGAACUCGGUAUAUUCGUUGAUGCGAUUAGAGAUUAUGCCAGGCCAGGUUGAUAGUCCUGCAGGGUCAACUGCCAACCCUUGGAUCCUGGCUGUCCUUGCGAAACCCCUCCAUGCUGUACAUGACUAUCCAGGCCAGCAAGGCCCGCCGAGUGUGAUAGUCAGGUGGCAUUUAGAAUCUGCACCGCAGAUCCUCCAUCCCAAGUUUGACGAAGUGACGUCAAAGAAGAGCAACGUUCAAACAAAGCCUACGAUGGAGCUGCGCAGGUUGGAAGAUAUUUAUUGUGACAAGUACAUUGUCUCGGUCGAUUUGGUCGAGCAUGGGACGGUCUUGGCUGUCACCCAUGAUGAUAGCUCAAUAACAUGCUACGACACACGAACGAUGGCAGUUCUCAACCGCCUUGAUGAUUCAAGUACAGUGACUUGUCUGGCUCAGGCUGGGUUCCAGUACCCAAUCGAGACAUCAGGUCUUCAUAUUGCUUUCUCGCCUAAUGCUUGCGUUGCCGUUACGCUGGACAGUGACGGACACGUGCAAUUGAGAGUGAUGGAGCAUUCUUUUGGGUCCACAGAAGGUCUCUAUGAUGAGAACAAUUUCUCUGCGGCUAUUGCGGCCUUGACAUUGGCAUUCAGUCGUGGAUGUGGUGUCGAUUUCAAUACGGACGACAUACUCAUGGUUGCCCUCGGGCAGCUAUCACCAGAAGCUCAAACCACGUUCAUUAGCGAGGUGUAUCGUGCAUUGCCGGUAAAUUGCAAUUUCACAGCUGAACAGGACAAACUCAUGAGCCAUCCAUACAUACCUCGAUGCCUCAGCUUACAGGCCGGGCUGGGCUUCAAGGGAAGACUCAAGCGGCGCAACCUCUCAUCAGCGUUACCAUGGGCAAUUCUUCAGCUCAGACAUGCCUCGGUUCUAUUCGCAUAUUUCUUUCAGUAUAAUAAAGGAGGCCAGACUGAAACCCAUGAUCCAGAUGUUCUUCGCAUGGUAUUGGGCAAUACCAGGUGGACAUUGGACUUCUCCCACUACCUUCUAAGCGAGAUCUUCAGUAUGGCCGACGAAUUCGAAGAGGUCUUCAAUGAUCCCGAAGCAUUCACUCAGAAGUUGAAAAGCACAUCCUCCCUUCCCCUCCUAAUUCUUCUCUCAAGCAUGUCUCGCGCUUUCCUCCGCUUUACCUGCCGUGGCCUUCGCGGCGUGCAUGCGGGCUUUGCGACUGCAAACGCCACGUCAUUAAUGGGCGACUCCAGAAUUUAUUACACAGAGAUCUGCCAGACACUGGAAUCAUCACCGGUCCGGAUCGACGUGUACGAGAAGUUCCUAGCAGGAGUCGACUCGGCCGUGAAGCACGCCUACCAAGGCGCCGGCUUCGGCGACGCCGAAAGACCCGGUCCUGAAAAGGAAUUGCUAGUCAACGCCCGAAUCCCGCCAGUGCUCAUCACAGCCGUAGCCACACUCCUCCGGCAGACGGUCCCGGCGCUCAAAUCCGAGAUCAAUCGCAUGGCUAUCUACUUUGGGGACUAUAGCUGGCUUGGAUUUGGGAAUGACCGACGCACUGCACUUUAUCAUAAGCAGCGCGAGAUUGACAUUCUCAAAAAAUGUCCGUUGCGCCCACCAUUGCCGUUAGGAAAUGAUGGCCGGGUGGCGCCGCUCAAGAAGCGCAGGUGUGCGCGUUGCUGUGAGGUUUCUGGGGAUACCAAUCUACCCCGAUCCCUUCUAUCGUUCAAGAUGAUUGCUAAGCUGGGGCUAUUACGGUCUUGUCUUUGUGGGGGCAUGUGGGUUUUAGAGACGGACACCGGGGAGCUUACGACUGGCAGUGCGGGUGCAAGUGGGAAUGGGGUUAGCCCAACUUGA